AUGGGAGCUCCCUCAAUCUCUAACCACAAUGAAAGUGGAACUAAUUCUCAUGUUUGCAUACAUGCACACAUUCUUCAUACUGACUACUAUUUACCUGUCUCAGUCCACUUUUUGAAAGGGAGAGCAGUUGUGUUGGGUUGGGGUGAGGAGUUUCAGUUGGUGAUGGUGUUGAGGAUAUUGGGAGUGAGGAGGACAAGUGAGGGUACAACAGUAAUUUCACAACCGCCGCUGCCGCUGCUGGUGGCUCUCUCAUGGUUGAUACUUGGCAUCAUCUCCGGUGGUGAUGGUCGUCGGAGAGGAGGAGCGAUCAUCUUCGUUGAGGGCACUGGAAGUGGCAACGGAAGGAGCGGCGGUAUUUUCGGCCUCGUCGGUGGUGGCGGAGGAUUUUUGGGUAUCGGAGGAGUAGGCUCGCCUCCUAAUGUCGGAAUAGCUCUCGCUGUGACGGCCAUGGCUGGUCUCGCCUUGGCCGCCACUCUCGUCUACUCUCAUAGGGGUAGUCUUAAAUCACCAUGGUCUCGGAGGAGAAGGAAACAUGCUCUUCUGCUCAAGCAGUGGAAAAUUUUAUUUAAUUCAGACGGAAGACUCUGUGAUGGUGGAGUCAAGUUUUUGAAGAAAGUUCGGAGUGGAGGUGUUGAUCCAAGUAUAAGGGCCGAGGUUUGGCCUUUCCUUCUUGGCGUCUACGACUUGAACAGUUCUAAGGAAGAUAGAGAUUUGAUUAGAACUCUGAAGAGAAAAGAAUAUGAGACCUUGCGGAGACAAUGCCGACAAAUCCUAGAAUGCAAUGAUGAGAAUUUCAAGUUGAGAGAAACUUCUGGAACCAAAGACGACAGCGGUGACCUUAGUCAAGUUGGUUAUUCUCCUGGAUCAGAAGAAGUUGGUAGUGCCUUGGAUUCCCUUUCUGCUGAGGGAGUGAGCCCUGUUGAUGAGGAUACCAACCACCCUGUCUUCGGAUCAGCCCUUGGAACAUCUAACACGGUAGUGGAACAAGAUGGGGGUGAGAGUGGAAUCACUUGUGAAAAUGCCUCUGAAGCUAGCACAGAAUCAUCUGAAUCUGAAUCUGACUCCUCUGAAGAUCCUGAGAACACACAACCUUCAUUUGCUGAAGGAAGAGCCGAAGGACCUGUUAUUAAUGAGCAUGCUGAAGUGAAUACUACUUUCUCCAAGUCAGGAUGUGGAUUAGAAUCCCACACAGCUGAAGAUUUUGCUACAUGGCAGCGGAUCAUCCGCCUUGAUGCCGUGAGGGCAAAUGCUGAAUGGAUUAUAUACACGCCAUCCCAAGCUGCAGUGUCAGAGAUCAAGGCACAGCGAAUGGCUGAGAGUGUUGGGUUGAAGGAUUAUGACCACUUAGAGCCAUGUAGAAUCUUCCAUGCUGCUCGUCUAGUUGCCAUACUUGAAGCCUAUGCACUAUAUGAUUCUGAGAUUGGUUACUGCCAGGGGAUGAGUGAUCUACUCUCUCCAAUUAUUUCAGUUAUUGAGCAUGACCAUGAUGCCUUCUGGUGCUUUGUCGGUUUCAUGAGGAAAGCUCGGCAUAACUUCUGCCUUGAUGAGGUGGGAAUCCGAAGGCAGUUGACCAUCGUGUCUAAGAUUAUCAAAUGCAAGGACUCUCAACUUUACAGGCACCUGGAGAAGCUUCAAGCAGAGGAUUGUUUUUUCGUGUACAGGAUGGUGGUGGUUCUCUUCAGGAGGGAGUUGAAUUUUGAACAGACACUUUGCCUCUGGGAGGUGAUGUGGGCAGAUCAGGCAGCAAUUAGGGCUGAGAUUGCCAAGUCUGCAUGGGGUAGGAUGAGGCUAAGAGCCCCUCCUACUGAUGAUCUGCUGCUUUACGCAAUAGCGGCCUGUGUGCUUCAGAAGAAGAAGCUGAUCAUAGAGAAGUAUAGCAGCAUGGAUGAAAUCAUGAAGGAAUGCAAUAGCAUGUCUGGACAUCUGGAUGUCUGGAAGCUUCUAGAUGAUGCUCAUGACUUGGUGGUGACUCUCCAUGACAAGAUUUAA